AUGGAUUCCGUAGCGGGAUUCUUUUGGGAUGAUAGCUCCAGCAAAAAGUCCCGAAGUUUUGGUGGCAGUGGCGUCGAUAAUGGUGCCAAAAACCCCGGUUUUGAUGAACGCAGAGGAAGCGUUGGGUCUACCAACAAGACUAGCACCACGACCGGAAACGCUACGGGACAUACGACACAGCAAUAUCUGGCAGACAAACUCGUGGAGCGGUUGAUCUACAUGGCAUUGCCACCCUCUUCGGAGUUGGCUAAGAAAACCAUCGAACACAGAGUGGAAAAUGGACGCAACAGACCAGGCCUUUCAGUGCCGAUCAUGAGCCGAAAUUUCAUUCAGAUGAACUCCAGACUGGGACCGCCUUUCUUGGUAAUUGACGAAAUCAUCAAAGUCCUCAACUGGACUAACAAGGCAUACACACUAUCGAUGAUGUCGCUGUUCACUUACACGGUUAUGAAACCGCUGCCGACAUUGACUAGUAUUCCGGUUUUUUACGUGGUUUUCGGCAUCAUGGUCCCUCAGUAUCUCAAGAUACAUAAACCGGACGCGAACUGCGUAUUCGAUUCGAACCCUCUCCCAGCGAGAGGACCUCCCCUGUUCCGCGCAGAAGUACCAAAACCGGUACCAGAGUUCAGCAAAGAGUUUUUGCUGAAUUUGACAGAUUUGCAAAACCAUAUGCUUCUCUAUGUCGCGGCAUUCGAUUUCAUCAACGCGAUUCUGGCGAAAUUUGCAUUUUUCACGGAUGAGGGCGUUUCAAGCGCGGCGUUUUUAUGCCUGCUCGUAUUGGCAUGGUUUAAUGCGCUUUUCAUGGACUCUGUAUCGAGACUCCUGCCCGUAAAACCUCUGAUAAUAGUUUUGGGGUGGGCGGCGGCUUUGGCGCUACAUCCUCAAAAUAGGGAAUGGGUUUUGGGGAAACUUUACUCUGAAGAGACGAGAUUGCGUAUGCUUUUGGUAUCGAGCAAAAUAGAGUCAAGAGUACAUCAAUACUUCGAGUAUCACGAACCGAAGGAGGUCCGUCAAGCGUCAAUUUUCGAGGUCCAACAAUUUCAAGAGCACGAUAAAUCGUGGGUAUUAUUGGGCUACUCCACUGACCAUUAUGCGUUAUUCUCGGACUACCGAAUUUCUGAAAAGGAAGUCGAAGACGCAGUUCAUCAACUAAGCGACGUCAAAGCACCACUGGAAUGGGAAUGGCUUAAGGACUCAAAAUGGGAACAAGAUUUGGAUCCCGUGCUGUGGGUUGAGUCCGAGUUUGUCGAAUAUGUCGAUAUCGAUGUCGAAACCAAAUGGGUAUAUGACGUGAAUUUGGACGGCUCCAGGGGCGAAUACAGGCGUCGGAGAUGGCUGAGACGGUGUGCGCGGAUUACAGAAGUUGAUACCGAUGAGGACUCGAUUGAAACUUCGGUGGCCCAAGUAGAUGCUCUGGGCAAAGCUGCGGGUUCUGUAACCGCAUCUGCAUUAUCGACAGAAAACUCCAGCGCCAAGCCUACAUUACGCACCACUACUUCGAAUGGAUCUCUUUCAAGCAACAUUCAGAACCACGAUACUGCGACGUUCAAAACUACCGGCGAUGGUGGAUCCCGGGCUUCGAGGAGUCUUUCCGAUUUUCUCAGCGCGCCAUAA